GCACCCAAGUGCGCUUGUCUGUUGUUGGUGGGCUCCAAUCGACGAAGCAAUAGUGUCAUCCGUUCAUUCCACUGCCAUCCGUUGAAUUGUGUGAACCAGCUCCUCCCACGGAUCGUCCCCGUUCCGAUUGUGCUAUCGAUUGGUGGUAGAACAGCCGCCCGUGCUGGUGCUAGUAGUUUGUUCUGCUGCUCACCUCACCACGGCAGUGUACUCACCUCCACUCCUAGUACAUCCUUUCACUGGAGCGGUUCGCCGGACGUUGCUGAUUGGUUCAAUAGAGCCGGAACAAGAAGAAGAAGAAGAAGAAGAAGCAGAAGAGCAGGAGCAAAUCCGGAGCAAACCUAUUGGCCAUCGGCAGCAGUUCGCCCAGCAAGCAGUGUAAUUCGAUCAACCCGAAACCCCGGGUGCACUGAUUUCCGUUUCCCCCCACUGAUUAGUACCUUUAAUCGUGCAGGGAUGAUGGUGUGGGUGUCCGACUAUGACUUCGACCCGAAGGCUAAAAAGAUGAAUCCGGAAGCUGUUUCGCAUUUAGAGCACAUGUGCUCGCUGGAAAUUGACUCGACGACGCCGUUCGUCCGCCUGUCCGGAAUCAUCUGCACGAUCGGACCGGCCUCGGUGUCACCGGACAUGCUGGAGAAGAUGAUGGCGACCGGUAUGAACAUUGCACGGUUGAACUUUUCCCACGGUUCGCACGAGUAUCAUGCCAACACGAUCAAGAACAUCCGCGAAGCGGUUGCCAACUACUCGAAGAAGCUGGGCAAACCGUUCCCGUUGGCGAUUGCGCUCGACACCAAGGGACCGGAGAUCCGUACUGGCCUGAUCGAGGGUAGCGGUACCGCCGAGGUGGAGCUGAAGAAGGGCGAAAAGAUUCAGCUGACGACGAACAAGGAUCAUCUGGAGAAGGGCAACAAGGAUAAGGUCUACGUGGACUACGUUAACAUCGUCAAGGUGGUCAAACCGGGCGAUCACGUGUUCGUGGACGAUGGUCUGAUUUCGCUCGUCGUCGAGAGCAUCUCGGGCGAUACGCUUACCUGCACGGUCGAGAACGGUGGAGUGCUGGGUUCGCGUAAGGGUGUUAAUUUGCCGGGCGUGCCGGUCGAUUUGCCCGCCGUGUCGGAGAAGGACAAGUCGGAUCUGGUGUUCGGUGUCGAGCAGGGUGUCGACGUGAUCUUCGCAUCGUUCAUCCGCAAUGCCGCUGCUCUGAAGGACAUCCGGGACAUUCUGGGUGAGAAGGGUAAACACAUUAAGAUCAUCUCGAAGAUCGAGAACCAGCAGGGCAUGCAGAACCUGGACAAGAUCAUCGAGGCAACGGACGGUAUUAUGGUGGCUCGUGGUGAUCUCGGUAUUGAGAUUCCGGCCGAGAAGGUCUUCCUAGCACAGAAAUCGAUGAUCGCGCGGUGCAACCGUGCCGGCAAACCGGUUAUCUGUGCAACGCAGAUGCUGGAAUCGAUGAUCAAGAAGCCGCGCCCGACGCGUGCCGAAAUUUCCGACGUCGCCAACGCCAUCAUUGACGGUGCUGACUGUGUGAUGCUGUCGGGUGAGACGGCCAAGGGUGAGUAUCCGCUCGAGUGCGUGCUGACGAUGGCGAAGACGUGCAAGGAAGCGGAAGCUGCCCUGUGGCAUCGCAAUCUGUUCAAGGAUCUGGUCGAUGCCACUCCUAAUCCGCUGGAUACGGCUUCGUCGAUCGCGAUUGCCGGUGCGGAAGCGGCCAUCAAGAGCCGUGCUGCCGCCAUUAUUGUGAUUACGACGUCUGGCCGUUCGGCUCAUCUCAUCUCCAAGUAUCGCCCGCGUUGUCCCAUUAUCGCCGUUACGCGGUUCGCCCAGACGGCUCGCCAGUGUCAUCUGUACCGUGGUAUUCUGCCCGUUAUCUAUGAAGAACCCGCGCUCGAGGACUGGCUGAAGGAUGUUGAUGCGCGCGUUCAGUAUGGUAUUGAGUUUGGCAAGGAGCGUGGCUUCAUGAAGCCGGGCAACCCGGUCGUGGUCGUAACCGGCUGGAAGCAGGGCUCCGGUUUCACCAACACCAUCCGCGUGAUCAACGUGGAAUAAAAAGCGAGAGACACCACCGGAAGGUCUUUUAAUCUCUGUCUCCCUCGUUCCUUCUACCUCCUCUGAUAUCUCCACUUCAUUACACUCCCAGCGAACUAACACCAGCGUAGUCGUGGAUCCUAGUUUUUCUCUGUGCAGAGGGAGCUCACCAUCAUGCACCAUGAUUUCUUUUAGAAAUUAUUUUUGUUGCUGCAGGCCGCAUUGAAUUGCUCCACACACAUAUAUAUGCACGCACACUACUAAUUUAUUUCCUUAAGUCUAAAUUAUUUUUUGCCAGGGGUCGCAUCCAUCUCCCGUGUGUAGUAUCGAUCCGUAAGGAAUAGGGAACGAACCAUACCAGAUGAUUGUUAUGGCAAUUUCUGUUUGAUCUGUGUUACCUUUCAAUUGGCCACCCUUUGAUACUUAGCUAAGUGAGAUAGAGAGCAAGCUGAGCUGCUUGUAGCGAUUAGGCCACAGGAACUACUGAUCCACGGGGUGAAUUUGAAAAGGGGAUAGAGGGAAACGAGAGAUUAGGCGUUGAGAGCAACAUUGUGUGCGUGUGUACUACCCUACCGUUUAGCGAUAUAACUCAGAAGAACAAAGCAAAAGUCAUUCUUGUUGAAUAAACAAUAGUUAUCGAUGAAUGUGAGACAAAACGAAUGGGAAAACAUUAUUCAUGAUGACCAAAGCAAGUACAAACUCUAUGAAACUAAUGUAAAUGUGCUUACAAUUACACUUACCAAAA